AUGGACUACAAAAAUUUUGGAAGUAAUGCUGGUAAGAAAUUUCAAGAUGAUACCUUGAACAGAGUUAGAAAAGAGCAUCAAGAAGCCCUAAAGAAAUUGCGUGAAGAAAAUUUCAGUUCAAACACAUCAGAAUUGGGAAAAAACAAACAAUACAAGGCACAAGAAAGGAUGAGCCCACCAUUACAUAGGUUGUCCCCUGUAAAUAAGUUAGAAGACAGAAAAUUGAGGAGUCCAUUAGAUGAAAAGCUAAGGAGGCAAUUGAGGGAAAGCAACACACGACUACCUCCACCAUCGUUUUCCAGUUAUGGGAUACCCUCAAACAAUCGAUCCAACCUGGAGAGGAUAAGAAGAAGAACUAGCUCACCGGUAAGGACUGAAAGGUUUGCUUCACAAGAUGUUAUAGAUGACCAAAGAUUAGAGAUAAAAUAUUUAGAACGUAUCGUCCAUGAUCAAGGUUCAAUCAUUGAUAAUCUAACAUCAAGAAUAACGAGAUUAGAAUCAUUUAUAUUGAAUCCAGUUUCAGACAGAGAAGAAAAGAAUUUUGGCUCACUCGAGCAUUCCAAUUCUUUUGCCGGGUUUCCUACUAAUAAGAUGUAUGGUUUACAAAUGGGCGGACUAUAUGAAAAAGAUAUGCCUUACGGUAGAAGUAGUGACAACAUCAAGAAAGAAAGGCCGAGAGUUGGUCGAUCGUCACAAAUCCAUAUUGAAAACGAGAGUACUGAAGACAUAUUGAAAAUUCUAUCUUCAUCCUUCCAUGAUUGA